AUGUCGUGGCUCACACUUGUGAGCUUCUUGCUGGUGAUUGUUAUUGCUUCUGCAGGCGUUUCCAAAAAUGAAGAUCUAGAAUGCAUGUUCCUUGGGUAUCCGGACCUUGAAUAUGAUGGAUUUGACCGUACUGAGAAAAACUUUAACAAGACCGUUUUUGCCGAAGACACAAAAUCAGUUGUAUUCUUCAAUGACGUCGAAGAGGACGAUUCCGAAUUGGAUCAAUACGAGUGCUUCCUCCAGCUUUCUGCUCAAAUAAUGACCAAACGUGGAUACAACUUCUACACCGUUAACACCACCAAAGAACAUCGUUUGAGAAAGCAGGAAGAAGUUGACAAGGGAGAGGAUACCAUACAUGUUUACAAGGACGGAUAUAAGAUUGAGUACAAUGGAGUUCGCGACCCAGAGACCUUUGUUUCGUGGCUCAUGGAUAUCCCAGACGACCCGGUUACAAUUAUCAACGAUGAACAUGACUUAGAGGAAUUUGAAAGCAUGGACGAUGAGUGCGUCAGAAUUAUUGGAUACUUCGAGCCAGGAUCAGUCGCUUUGAAGGAGUAUGAAGAAGCUGCCGAAGAUUUUAUGGGGGAAAUCGAAUUCUUCGCAGUAGUUACCUCAAAGUGGGCACGCAAAGUAGGACUCAAGCGAGUCGGAGAGGUGCAAAUGAGACGUCCAUUCGAAGAAGAUCCAUUGUUUGCCCCAACAUCCGCUGAUACCGAAGAAGAGUUUGAGGAGUGGGUUGAGAAGAACAAAGAGCCAGUUAUGCAGAAGCUCACUUUGGAAAACUAUUUCAACCUAUGGCGUGACCCUGAAGAGGAUGAAAAAAUGAUCCUUGCUUUUGUCGAUGAAGAGACUCGUGAAGGACGCGCCAUGAAGAAAUUGCUUGAUAAAGUUGCUGAUGAGAACUCCGAACACGCUGGAACCCUCGAGAUCAUCCUUGUUGACCCUGAUGAGUUCCCUCUUAUGGUUGAUGUUUGGGAGGAUAUGUUUGGAAUUGAUAUUGAAGAAGGACCGCAAAUUGGGCUGAUCGAUAUAUCCGAAAAAGAGGGAAUUUGGUUUGACAUAUCUCAGGUUAACCUUGACGAUCCAAAAAAGCACUCUGAUUCAAACUUUGAAGCUCUGCAAUCAUGGAUUGAUCAGAUUCUCACUGGAUCCAUCUCACUUGAUGAAGAUGAUGAUGACGAGCCAGAACCGCCAGCGCCACCACCAGCCAAGGGAAAACGAUCCAAAAAAGAUUUGUAA